GGCCACAGCGUCAGCAGCGUCAGGUGCAUGAACUCUGGCGUUUGUGGAAUAUUAUUAAAACGUACAUUCAUCUGUAUCAAGAAUCUCCGUGCAGCCAAGUGCAGGAUUAAUUUUUCUCUGUUAAGAAUAGUAAAAUGCGCCUCCUGAAAAUAGUGAUAGUUCUCACAGUAUUGGGAGCUGUGACCUGCGAAAAGGAUGAUGAUGUCGACAUAUCCAGUGUUUUCAUGGAGGCGGCGAAUAGCUUCUUCUCGGACGAUUCGGGGGCGAACAAAUUCGUUGAUGGCGAUGAUGAUAGAAGGGGUGGUGCAGGCAGUGGUUUAGGUCAGGUGUUGUCCGGCCUAGGUAAUCUCAUGGCAAGUGCUUCCGGCGGUCAGAAUAAACCGAAUGACCAAGGCGGAAUGGACUUGUCCAUGUUGGGUCCACUCCUGCAGAUGGUAGCAACAGCCUCCGGCGGUAGUCAGAAAGCCGAUCACGAAGCCGAACAGAAAUCCAGAAGCUCGGGCUUUGAUUUCGAGAGCAUGCUCAAUGUCGCGAGUAUGUUUAUGGGUAGCAAUAACAACAACAACGAUGUGGGAGGGCUGAUGGGCCUCCUCCCAAUGAUUUUGGAUAAUAUCAACGGUGGGGGCUCUCAGAGUGGCCGGAGCCACGAUCAUUCCGGUCAUUCCUGGUACAUGCCACCGAUUUUGGAGAAUAUCCACGUGAUGUGGGAUCACUUCAUUAAUUCGGAGCUCGGACAGGCCCUCUGGAAAAACAGCGGCUUAGCGCACAUCGUCGGCUCAAUGACUGACCAGACUGGCCAGAUCAAGUACGAAGAGAUACUGGAGAGCUUUGAGAACCCCAGUAUACGACGCAGAUGGCUCAGAUCAUUGACGAAUUUCGUUGCUGAGUGGAUCUCACACAUUUCGGAUCCGAAGAUUCAACAGCGUUAUCUGACCACUGCUCAGUUCGUUGGUAACAGCUUCUUAAAGUCUCAGGGGUUUCCCAAGUCUGUUCUGUUCGAUCCUGCGCGGCCGUCUGAAAGCUUAACAAGAUUGGUGAAUGCUGGAGCAACAAAGUAUCUCAACAUGAACCUAGACAGUGCUAAGUACAUAAAGCCAGCGAUGGCAUACCUCCAGGACCUCAUCCGAUUAGCUUCUGAGAAAGGAUUUAUCAUGUCGCGAGUGAAUGCUAAUGAGCUCAGCAAUCGUCUCAGUGAGACCAUAAACAAUGACUUUAUAGCCCCCUUCCUGAAGACAUACCGAGCUUACAAAUGGGCGUUAAAGUCCCCCCAAUGCGCAACUCACAUCUUCUGCGUGAUCAACCAGAACGUGAAUGACGACAGUCAGGAAGCUGCCUUCAGGAGUGCUCUCAUUAAGCUUAGUAGUUAUCCAGCAGCAUGGACUUUGAGUACUAAAACAUCCAUCAACUUUUGGACACUUUACGGCGCUAUUCAGGAGGGUGAACAAUGUUUUGAGAAAUUCCCAGUCGACUGCAACGACUUCCACGAAGAGGAGAUUCGCGUAACAACAGAAGCCAUUCACAACGAAUUAUAAAAAACAUGUUGCAAAAACGUUUCAUAGACUUUCCAAUUGAACUACAUUAAUUUUGGUAAAUGUGGCGGGAUGGUUUGAAAACGAUGUUAACCAUCUUGUGUACCUCCAUAUGAUAGAUGUUAAGGAAAAAUUCAGUAUCAGUACUGAGAAAUAAGUCAAAGAUGUUGGACGAUUUGUCGGUUAUUUAAUGGGUGUAGAGAAAAUACACUUCAUGUCACAUUUUAUCUCAAAAGAUUCGACGCUCUUUAUUAUCUGACGGAUUUAUACUUAUCCAUCGAGGUGAAGAUGUGGAGAAAAAUCAAACAUUGAAUGAUGAUUGAGAAUUCCAUCAACCGAGUGAAUCUUCGAAUUCAACAUCAAAGAUUAAUGACUAGAUUGGUUUCGUUGAAUGUCUCAACUUUGGUGCAAUAAUGAUUUAGUACGAUGUGGUUUUCAUUAUUAAGAGGCAUUACUCUGAUUCAUCCGCAAUAUAUUUACAUUAUAUUCAUAAUUGUCUUGUAAAUAUUAGAUAGAAUUCGAAAUGGAGUAUCGUGUAAAAUGUACAAAAUUAUCCAGAUGUUCUAUAUCCGUUAUUUCAAUCCUUAGCUGAAUUCAGUUCUACGUAUUGAUGGUAUUACUUUUUUUUAAUGCUCUUGCAGGCCCAUUCGAGUCCCUCCUACAAUGAUUGUUGGUAUAAAAAUUAUAUAUUAGUGGUAAAUAAAACUUUUAUGAAAUAUA